AUGACAUCUAGAAACACCUUAGCAGGAAGCGGCAGCAGUACUGGCACAACAAGCAGUUUGGACACGAUGAUGCAGUCUUUCCAAGCACCCGACUCCAUUUUGGAACCGAACAUUCUGGACGCGAUCGGAGCAUUCAUCAAGGAGGGAGGACAGCCUCUGCAGCUCGUCAACGCACUUUACAGCAGCUACGUCGGUAUGCCAGAAAUGUGCAACCUGAUGUCAGGAUGGGCGCGUGAGUUUGACCUCGACCCUGUCGACAUCAUGCAGGAGGUCCUAAAGGAGCAGCUCAUGGAACGAUUUGACCCUGUGGCCGCGGAUAGCUUCAUGCUGAAUGGAUCGGACACACCGGACUGGCUACUGGUCAUGAUUCAACAUCCAUUCUGGAGAUCCGUUAUUUACGAACUCUCGGAAAAGUACAAAAAAUGUUUACUUCUCAACUUUGCGAUCCAGCGCAUCUCGGACGCAGGAUACAAAGGGGAGAUUGCGAGUGUCGCCACGGCGUCGACAUUUGUGAACGUGUUCUCAGGAGUAUUGCUGGACUCAUUGGAUAAACUCAGGGAAGAGGAUGACGUUGGGCUCUUGGACAGACUACCAGACUUAGUGAAAGUUUGCUGUCAGAGCGAGCACACAUAUCUCUACACUCAAGUCUUGCUAUUUCGCCUGAUGAAAACUGACAGGGGAAUGCCACUGAAGCGGAUAUCGAAAGAGCUGGAAUCGGGAGUGCUAGAAAAGUUCAACAAACCGCCACUCGUGGCAACCUUAAGAAUGCUGCUUGCAGGAGCAUCAUCCAAUGUGGCAAGUGCUAUCUCGGCCAUUCUGCAAUCCCGCAUACCCUCGCCCGGAGAUGUUAUGUUGUUGCACAGAGCAUACACCAGCGAGCAUCCGCCCUCCACAUAUUUCUUACGUGACCCUGAUUUCUUUGAAAUCAUGUUGUCUUCUAUCUUUGUUCCAAGUUUUAAGGGCGGUGUCGUUAAGCAGGAUCACAAGGAAAAAUAUCUCUGGCUGGUGGCCUAUGCGGCGAGUGUGCACGAGGACGACGAUAUGGUCACAGACACAUCGGACGUGCAGCCGACAUAUGAGGCACUGAGCGCAUUAGAGGAUACACUUUCAAAACGAACAGCUGGAACAGACCUGACGCCCAUUCUUGCGAAUCUUUUGGUUGCGAUUGAGACGCCGGUCGCCUCAAUGGCUCUAUUGUAUUGGAUUCAGUUUGUGAUCACGGAAACGAGUUACAUCGAAACCUAUUUUAGAACGCACGAAGUCCCGCUUCCACUGCUACUCAUUGAGGAGAUGUCGUACAAGCACCCAUUGCAACAGACAGAGGUGUUUGCCACACUUGUCAAUUUUUUUGAAGCCCCCCUAGUACUAAAUCCUGAAAUCAUGAUGACCUAUCGAAAAUCCAUCUUGGAUAGGAUGAUUUACCUGAUGCAAUUGAACUAUGUCAUGCCUGUUCUAGACUAUAUCCAGGCGCGUGCGCGCAAGAUGGACCAGUCGCUCUCGAUGCACUUUGUCAAAAAGGUGCUCGAAAUGGUGCGCGGUCCAUACUCCAAGAAAUUCAUCGAAGGCAUGGGACAAAUGAUUCAGGAGAUUGUUGAGGUUAUCAAGAAGACGGACACUGAGCCCAUCGUUCGCGCUUGGAUUGAUGAGGUCGUUUCACAACCAAGCGAAGAAACGCAAACGCCUCCAACUUCAUCGUCCUCAACAGCCUCGCAUGACUCAGGGACACAUCUGGGCUCCGCGGACGCUGGACUGAACACCAUCCAAGAACUGAAGAGGCGACUGGAUGAGCCCCGUCGAUAA